ACGAAGGAGGAGGGAGACUUGCCAAGACCCUGUGGUAGUGUUCCUCCCCCAGAGUGAUACAGUGAUAGCGAGUGUUAGUGAGCGAGUUGUUAUAAGUGAGGGCCAUGGCCAAGUGUUAGUGAGCGAGUUGUUAUAGGUGAGGUGCCAUGGCCAAGUGUUAGUGAGCGAGUUGUUAUAGGUGAGGGCCAUGGCCAAUAACGAGUAUAUAGUAAGAAAGAGGUGAGGCCACUUAAUACAAUACAUCAUUUCAGGGUAGGUUGUAUGGUUGUGUGUAUACAGUAAUCAUAUCAAUCACCUCAAUCACAUAGUUGUUAAAAGGUAAUAACAGAUGUUUGUAUUUGUUUACUCUGGGAGGAAAUCACGUUGUGUAUGUCCCUGUAAACACACACACACACACACACACACACACACACACACACACACACACACACACACACACACACACACACACACACAGCGAAUCAGAAGAUGAGAUAGAGUGUGUCUGUGUGUGUCUGUCUGUGUGUGUGUCUGUGAUCGUCUCCUGAGUCUGACAACAUCUGAAUCAUCACCGAGUCAAGCAAGAUGAAACUCUCCUCCCUCGUCCUUCUCUUCGUCCUCCACUUCGUCCCCCUCCUCCCCCUCGUCACAACAUACGACAGGACCCUGGGUGACGACGAUGAUAAACUCCUGAAGGGGGGCUCCAGUACCACAACUGACGAAGGAGUGCCAACCCUAGAGACUCGUACAGAAGGAAGGUCAGGGAGAAAGAGGCGAGGAUGGAAGGUCUACCGUCCAUCACCAGAAUCCAAAACUCGCCAGUCCACCUCCUCCUCGUCGGGUCAGGGAUGCUCAGGUAGUGGGGGUAUCUCCACCUUCACCUGGCUCAACUUCGCCCUCGCCGUCGGCCAACUAGCCACCAACAUCGCCAACAAUAUCAACAACAACAAUAACAAUAACAACAAUAAUAAUAAUAACAACAACAAUAACGACAACAACAUCAACGUGGCCAGUAAUAACAACAACAACAAUAAUGUCAAUGAUGUUCAAUUUCAGCCACCCAUGAUGGGACGGUCCGUUCGGGAGGCUGUGAGGAAGUUCAGUAUGAAGGGCGUGAUGAGUGAAGCUUGUGUGAACCCCUCUCAAUCCUCCCGGCGAAUUAGUGAAGCAAACGCCCAGCGAAUCAGUGAACCACCCGCCCAGCGAAUCAGUGAAGGAGACGGUCAGGAGCUUAGUGGGUUAGUCAGUAAGCGAAUCAGUGAAGCAGAGGACCAGAUGCUCAGUGGUUCAGUUAUUCAGCGAACCAAGGAACCAGCAAGGCAGAAGCGCAGUGAACCAGGUAGUCAGAAGGUCAGUGGUUCAGUCAGUCAACGAAUCAGUGAACCAGACGAACUAGUGGCCAAUCAGAGAGCUACUUCUGCAGGAGGUGGAGGAGGACGAGAAGUAGAAGAAGGAGGAGGAGCCAAGGCGUCCCUAGGAACCGUGUUGGCUCUUGGAUUGCUACAACGAGUGGUAGGAGAGAAGGACCCACUGUGUGUCCUCCACGCCUUCUGUACCACUGCUAACACCGCCGCCGCCUCUACCACCAUCCACGCCACUAACACCACCACCAAUCACCACAACAACCACGCAAUCACCGCUUCUGUCACCAGUAUUCUCAGAUCAGGUAGACAGUACCCUCUGUGGCUACCUUGGCCCCGCCCCACUACCACCACCCAGGAGACGCCACCACUGGACCCCCUCGAGUACGUCAUGCGCCGCCGUCAACGCCUACAGGAGAAGGACCAGACCUCCUCCUCCUUCGCAAACAGACGCAGCGGCUCCAAGAAGAAAAAGAAGAAGGUCCAGGGAGUAACCUUCAUGGUACCUAACCCAAGCCACGAGGAAGAGCUCUGCCCAAACAGUGGCGGGAUCCAAGCCUUCACUCUCCUCAACUUCCUCCUCUCGGCCUCCUCCCUCGUCGCCAACAUCCUCAACAACGCCAACAACAACAACAACAACAAUAAUAACAACAACAACAAUAAUAACAACAACGACAACAACAUCAACGUCAGCAAUAACAACAAUAACGCGAAUAACGUCAAUAACAUCGACUUAAACCAGAUGGGGCGGCGUCGUAGAGAAGCUCAACAUAACGACACCACCACUCCCACAAGCAACAGCACCAUCCCUUCGAGUGUAAAAAAAGAUUCUAAAGGCAACAUUGACAACAGUGCAGUCUCUACCAACCAUACUACCCUCCCUGACAACGUGCCAGCCUUCCACGCCCUCCCUGACAACGAACCAACCUUUCUCACCCUUCCUGACAACAAUUCUGAUAACAAGUCAAACGUUCACAUGGCCAUCUCUAACCUCACUGCCAACACGUCACCCACGUCUACACACCCAUACAACAUACCGGUCCUUACCAGUCACCCUUCGUCAGUAGUACCACCAGUUUAUUAUACGACCAGCGAUACAUGCGGUGCUCCUACAGGACAGAGCCAGGUACAGGUCGCCCUUAUGCUGGCAGUGGAUUUGUUACAGGCUGCUUCUACCGAGCUGUCAGAGUAUCACCUAAUGGAGAAGAAGGCUUAUCUAGGUACUGCUGUAGUUACAAAGAGGAAUCGAAACCCUUCCUCAACCAGACAAACCUCUCCUCUGAACCUAAAUGUAAACCCAGGGUGGAAAAGACAUCCCUCUAGCUUAAACACCACAGAUAAGGACUCACUCGCCUCCUCUGAUCUCAAGUGGCAUGAAGCCCCAGUACAUAUGAAUCCCACCAAAAGAGAAACAGUUCUUCGUGUUCUUCACCGGCAUGUAUGUAGUGCCUCGAACCUCGCUGCCUUGACUGGUGCCGUUGCUGAUGUCGUUUUCCAGGAGAUGAGAAUGGUUGUACUCAGUUUCCUUCUGCCGGAUAUACCUGACGAUACCAUCCACGACCUGACCUUCUGCCCCACCAGGAGCAUCAGCUGAGAAACCGUACCUACAAGAAUAUUCUAGACUCUGUGACUCUUGUAUCUAUGACAAGUGAUCAGCUAUGACAAGUGACCAGAUAUGACACGUGAUCAGCUGUGACAAGUGACCAGCUGUGACAAGUGAUCAGCAAUGACAAGUAACCAGCUGUGACAAGUGACCAGCUAUGACAAGUGAUCAGCUAUGACAAGUGACCAGCUAUGACAAGUGACCAGCUAUGACAAAUGACCAGCUAUGACAAGUAACCAGCUAUGACAAGUGACCAGCUAUGACAAGUGACCAGCUAUGACAAGUGACCAGUUAUGACAUAAAAUGACAAAUAUAGCCCCCAGGUAUUUAGGGUGUCUAAUCUUCAGGUGAAUUAAACCGGGGUGUCUAAUCUUCAUGUCGGUGAUCUAAACUAAGACCCACGCUGACCUGCACUGUCUAACUAAGGUCAAAUGAUUAAAAAUAAUGAUAAGUUAUGACCCGGAAAACAGUGGCGCUAAUCCCGUACAUGAGCCGUAGUUACAGGCCAUUAUCGAGACCAGGUAAUGACGGGUUAGGGAGCGAGAGGUCAGGAUUAAAACUGGAUGGAUCAAACACCUUGACGGACGCUUGGUAUGACCUACCUGACGAAGGCGUAUGAUUGUGACUGCCCGAUAAGACCUACCUGACGAAGGCGUAUGAUUGUGACUGCCCGAUAAGACCUACCUGACGAAGGCGUAUGAUUGUGACUGCCCGAUAAGACCUACCUGACGAAGGCGUAUGAUUGUGACUGCCCGAUAAGACCUACCUGACGAAGGCGUAUGAUUGACUGACUGAUAAGACCUACCUGACGACGGUACAUGACUGAUUAAGACUGACUGACACAAGCGUAUGAUUAUAACUACCUGACGAGAUCUACCUGACGAAGGCGUGUGAUUAUAACUACCUAAUAAGACCUACCUGACGACGGUGUGAAAUAAAUCAACACCAAACACACAACUAUAACAGACUGUAAUAUAAAAUUCAAUGAAGGGGAAUGAAUAAAGUGUUUUUUAAUGUAA